AGCAACGGCCCGACAUGGAGGCGCAAAAUCUACAGGCCGCGUCGACUUAUGUUAACAAUCUCCUGCUGGCUCGGGGCCUGUUGAAGAGUGGUCAGGCGAUUGAUUUCGCCAAUCCCGACAACCAUGAGGGGGGCAUCGAUGCUACGAUGGCGCGGGUUAUCAACUUGGUCAACGAUCUGGUUUUGAGAAGAGACCGUGAGGCUGAGCACCGUGAAAGCUUAGCGACGACGAUUCGAGUGUUGCGUGCCAGCGAGUCCGAGCAGACAUUGGAGAUUGGGAAACUAAAAAUGAAAGCGUCCGAGUUAACGCGAUCGCUCGCUUUGGCGGAAGCCUCGGAGCGUGCGAUCAAGUCAAAUAUGUCAGGUGUCGAAACCACGAUCCGCGGACUCAAAGAACAGGUCCAACGCAUGAAAACGACCGUCCAACAAGUUCGGGCGCAAUGCGCCAAUGAUAUCCGCAAGCGAGAUCUUGAAAUGCAGAAGCUCAAAUCACACCUAGCCGAGCGACAACGAGGGAAGCGUGAGGGGUUGAGUGUUACUACAAUCAACAUCAACCCCGCGGCAAAGGGGUCGCAACUGGGAGCCAGCGGUGGAGAGCGAGUCCACGAUCCCGGGUACAGCUUACAACAGGAGACGACCGAAUUCUUGACGGAGCUAUGCCAGAACCUCAGCGAUGAAAACGAUACCCUGAUUGAACUUGCGCGAAACACCCUGACAACACUGAAGGAACUACAAGGGUUGCCGGAAUCAGAGGAGCAGGACGGUGACGAUGAAGUCUCUGGAAUGGCUACCAGCGUUGGAUCGCAGAAGUCGGCUUCCGCCGUGACCUCACUGCCUACAUCGUGCGAGGAGCUGUCUACACGUAUGGACGCCGUUCUGGACCAUCUGCGGACACUCUUGACCAAUCCUUCGUUCGUGCCACUGGAAGAAGUUGAGAUCCGAGACCGGGAGAUUGGACGAUUGCGCGAAGGCUGGGAGAAGAUGGAGAACCGCUGGAAGCAAGCAGUCACCAUGAUGGACGGGUGGCAGCGACGGCUGGCAGAUGGCGGUGACUCGGUGCGAGUGGAAGAGCUCAAGCGUGGCAUGACUCUGGAUCUGAGCUUUACAUCUACCGAGGAUGUUAGCCGGCUAGAGACGACCAAUAUCUCACCGAUUCUGGAGGACCAGCAAGAGGAAGAAGCGGAGGGAGAAAUGAAUGAGACUGAGGACCGGGGUCAAGAGCAGCCCGAGACUUUGAACACGCGAGAGACUCGAUCCAAGAUCCGCAAAGUGCCCGAGCGGUCCGAUCGGGCCUUGCGAGAGCGCAGUGACAAUGCUACAGCCAGGCCCAAGCGGCUCCGAAAAGUCUCUUUCACCCCAGGCCUCCAAGGAUCACCCUGUGAGCCCAGCACGCAAGACGAGGAAACUCUUCAAAUCAAAGCACACAAGUCGGAGGCUGUGACUCGACGGCCAUCGCGACGAAAGACCGAAACCAGUUCAACUCGCCAGACCACCGCCAAGGACCCUCAACUAAGCGUCUCCCAAAAACUAGCCGCCGUCGAAGACGAAGCCCGUCUGGCGGAGCAAUCACGCAAAGAGCGCGAGUCGCGAAAACGAAGUCGGCCAGAGAAGGCCUACAGCCGGGCUGGUACUCGGCGGCGGAGUACUCUGACGAGCGAUGAACUGGAAGAUUUGAUGGGGGUCCCAUCGCGGUAGGAAAACUGAAGUUGGCUAACGGGGAGUGAUACUUACUUUCCAUCUAAUCUACACCCUGUACAUAUACUUCGGAUGAUCGAGCAUUGUAAUUAUGGAGUCGCCGCUUUUCGUUUUGUGCUGUCAUGAUGUUCGGUUAUGAAAAUUUAUCCAUG